AUGUGCAAGGCUCAAUGUGUGCUUUCAGGUGUUCCCCUAUCAUUGAACACAUUAAGUCCAUNCAGCAAUCUUAACCGAAACCGCAAUCUUACGGUAGUUACUACAUUAGGAAACAAUAAUGUGAUGGUGAUAUUAGACAACCACCUAACCAAACCAGGGUGGUGCUGCGCCAACAACGACGGUAACGGUUUCUUCGGUGACCAGUUCUUCGAUCCCACCGUAUGGGUUGCCGCUUUGAAGAAAAUGGCGGGGACAUUCGACGGUGUCUCUAACGUCGUUGGCAUGAGUCUAAGGAAUGAACUUAGAGGGCCUAAACAAAACGUUAAUGAUUGGUUCAAGUAUAUGCAACAAGGAGCAGAAGCAGUUCAUUCAGCAAACAAGAAUGUACUUGUGAUUCUUUCCGGUCUCAGCUUCGACUCCGAUCUCUCCUUUGUGAGGUCUCGACCCGUAAAACUAUCAUUCACGGGUAAACUCGUCUUCGAGCUCCAUUGGUAUUCUUUCAGUGAUGGAAACUCGUGGGCAACCAAUAACCCUAACGAUAUGUGCGGUCGGGUUCUAAACCGGAUAGGAAAUGGUGGCGGUUAUCUCCUAAACCAAGGCUUUCCGUUGUUCCUCAGUGAAUUUGGUAUAGAUGAAAGAGGAGGAAACGCUAAUGAUGACCGCUAUAUUGAGUGUUUAACCGGUUGGGCUGCUGAAAAUGACCUCGAUUGGUCGCUUUGGGCUCUUACUGGAAGCUAUUACUUAAGACAAGGUGUGGUUGGGAUGAUUGAGUAUUAUGGUGUGUUGGAUUCGGAUUGGAUUAGUGUUCGGAACUCAAGUUUCUUGCAAAAAAUCUCUCUUCUUCAAUCUCCGCUUCAAGGACCGGGCCCUCGAACCGAUGCUUACAAUCUGGUUUUCCAUCCUUUAACCGGACUAUGCAUGGUACAAUCUCUCAUUGACAAGACAAUGCUUACUCUUGGACCGUGCAAUAGUUCCGAACCAUGGAGCUACACUAAAAAAGCACUAAGAAUCAAAGACCGGCCUUUGUGUUUACAGAGCAACGGACCAAAUAACCCGGUUACGAUGACUCUAACGAGCUGCUCUACAUCCAGUUCGAAAUGGCAGAACGUCUCAGCCUCUAGGAUGCACCUAUCUUCAGCAGCAAGUAACAAUACUUCUCUUUGCCUUGACGUAGAUGCAACCAACAAUAACGUGGUGGCUAAUGCUUGCAAGUGUCUCAGCAAAGACAGCUCGUGUGAGCCAAUGAGCCAGUGGUUUAAAAUCAUUAAAGCCACAAGGCCAUUGAAGGGAUCGAGUUUGCAUAAAGAGAUGUUGUAAAGCACUUUCCUUACUAUACCUAAUUAUAAAUUUAAUUUAGUGAAUAAAUAUUAUUUUUAAA